CUGUAAUGCAAAAAUAAUGCAUUCCAAACUCCGAUACUAGUAUCGAUACGAUAUCGACUAUCGCACUUGCGUGACCGUUUUCGGAGUGGAGUUUCACGCAACAUGUUGCACCAACAUUCGUCACGAUGAAAAUUCGUAAAAGUGGUGGUGGUUUCGGUGGUUGCUCGUAGACGGCAACAUUUGUGGACUCCGUUGUCGCUGCGCUUGUAUUGUUGCCCCGUGUCGAGUUGAACGUGUGUCGAACGUUGUUGCCCGUUGUGCCCGUGUUGGGCUGGCUGCCUCGAAAGACUUAAAUGCCGAACGAGUUCUUCAGUUUCAGUUUCAGUUGUUUACAAUUUUUCGUGGAGGGUGGAUUGCGUCGUCGCGAGUUCGUUCGUGCCUCGAUGCGGUUGUGGUUGAUUGUAUACAUGCAUACACACAUACUAUACAUACUAUGCACAAAUCCAGUUCUCACUUUAUUAUUUUACAAAUUCUCUGCGUAUACAUGAACUGGAAACGGAUGAUAAGCAGCGGCCACCAGGGGCAAACGAAUCUGUUUCAAAUUCGUGGACUUGAAAUUAUAACUAACUGAAAGUGGCGGACAAAAAAGCAAAUCGAAUCGAUUUUGUUGUGAUAUCGAGAAACAAAAAUUUUUCACCCAAUACAAAUCCAUCAGCAGCAGCGAAAUAACGGGAAAAGGAGAAGCGCGAGUCCGCUGUCCGAAAAUCACAACACAACCACAACAACAAUAGCAACAACAACAAAAACAACAACAACAGUAACAGCAACAAUAGUAACAACAACAAUAAUAACCACAGUAGCACAAAAAACAACAACAACAACAACAAAAUGAUGAUUUUCUCCAAAAAUAAGCACUUGGUAUUGUGGUGGCUCCUCUUGCGUGCAAUGUGUAUUUCGCUGCUGGCAGCAAGGGCCUAUGCCACAGCCACAGCGGCCACAGUUGGGCUGCAAGGCGUGCCGACAUGGAUCUGCCUCGGCCUCAAAUCGCCGUUCAUUGAGUUCGGCAGCCAGGAGGAGCAGCUGGCCAACUCCAGUAUUCCGCUCAACAUAACGAAGGACGAGCAGGCGUAUAUGCAUCAAGAGGGCCUCCGCAAGCUGGGCACGUUCAUAAAGCCCGUCGACCUGCGAGACUCUGAGACCGGGUUUGUUAAGGCCGAUCUCACCAAAAGACUGGUAUUCGAUCCACCAAACAUUACCUCUCGUCCCAUUCACCCGAUACAGGAGGAAAUGGACCAGAAGCAGAUCAUACUGCUCGACGAGGAUACGGACGAGAAUGGCCUGCCAGCCAGUCUCACCGAUGAAGAUCGCAAGUUUAUAGUGCCCAUGGCACUGAAGAAUGUCUCCCCAGAUCCCCGUUGGGUGGCCACCACCACCGCAACGACCCCGAUCCCAUCCGCUUUGCCGCAAAUGCAGCGGGUGCCAUCGGCGGCGAUGGCGCAACUGGAGGGCGAUCCCACCUCCAACAUCGACGAUCUCAAGAAGCACAUACUCUUCUUGCACAACAUGACGCAGACGAACUCGAACUUCGAGUCCAAGUUCGUCAAGUUUCCCAGUCUGCAGAAGGACAAGGACAAGUCAUCGGCGGGCAGUCAGCCCACGAAUGCGAAACGUCCGCAGCGACCCAUACUCCAGUAUUCGGCACCCAUUGCCCCGCCAACCACCAAGGUGCCCAGCCAGCAGAAGCCCCUCGGUGGUUACUACCAGAACGAGGAGAAGCGGAACAAUCAGUCCGCAUCCUCGCCCAAGCAGGUGGACACCAAAAAGAGCGCCACCGAGCCGCAGGUGAUCCUGCUCAACGAUACCCAGCCCGAAGUGGUGCCAUCCAUAGCUUCGAUAGAGCCCAUUCCGACCACCACGAUAAACCUGCCCAAGGUGGGGGCACCACCUGCGCCGCCGCGGACCACCAAGCGUCCGCCGUGCCUGCGCAAUCCGGAGUCGCCAAAGUGCAUACGCCAGCGGCGGCGGGAGGAGCAGCAGAGGCAGCGGGAGCGGGACGAGUGGUUCCGCGGCCAGUCGGAGUACAUCCAGCCCCGCUUCGAGCCCUUCAUCCAGACGAUCAACAACACCAGACGCUUUGCCGUCUCCAUCGAAAUUCCCGACUCCUUUAAAGUACAUUCCGAGGCAUCGGACGGGGAGCUCCUAUCCCGCGUGGAACGCUCGCCGCCGAGCAGCAGCAGGAAGAUAAUGCCCGACUACAUCCAAGUGUCCAUGGAGAACAACACCUCCGCGACCGAUUACUUUAAGCACGACGUUGUCAUGACCUCCGCGGGCGUGGCCAACGAAAGGGAUUUUCUGAUCAAGAACAUGGAGGAGCACGGAGCAGGAGCAGGAGCCGGGGCGGCCAGUCCAACUCCGACCGUAAGUGCGUACUCCGAGCGAAUCGAUCUUAAUCCGAGCAAUUGCUAUAGCGUCUACGGGUUGAGCGAGAGCCAGAAGAAGCAGUGUGUGAAGCACACGAGCGUUAUGCCGGCCAUAAGUCGUGGGGCUCGAGCGGCCAUCCAGGAGUGCCAGUUUCAGUUCAAGAAUCGCCGCUGGAACUGCAGCACCACCAACGAUGACACGGUCUUCGGUCCGAUGACCAGUUUGGCCGCCCCGGAAAUGGCCUUCAUCCAUGCUUUGGCCGCCGCCACGGUGACCAGCUUCAUAGCCCGCGCCUGUCGCGAUGGCCAGCUGGCAUCCUGCAGCUGCUCCCGGGGUCCGCGACCCAAGCAGCUCCACGACGACUGGAACUGGGGCGGUUGCGGCGACAAUCUGGAGUUUGCCUACAAGUUCGCAACGGACUUCAUUGACUCGCGGGAGAAGGAGACGAACCGCGAGACGCGCGGCAUCAAAAGAAAGCGGGCUCGCGACGAGAACAAUAAGAAUCGAAUGCAUUCCGAUGACGCCAAUGUGGAUGUGAAAAACGACACAGCGUUGGCCGCCGCCGCCGCCAACGCCGCCACCGCCACCGCCGCAAAGAACGUCAGCAGAAAAAGCCAAGAAGCUGAUAACAAUCAGUUCCUCAGCGAAAACUUUGAUCAGCACUUAUUGGAACUGCAGCAGCGCAUCACCAAGGAGAUACUCACAUCGAAGAUCGACGAGAAGGAGAGGAUCAAGUUGCAGGAGAAGAUCAACCAGGAGAUUGUCAACUCGAAGAUCUUCAAGGGGGAGCAGCCGCGUAAGAAGAAGAGAAAAAACCAGAGGGCCGCCGAUGAGCCGGCAUUCCAGCGGAACAGGGACGGCAUCCUCUAUCGCAGCUCCUCAACGGCCAAGGCCAGGAGCCUGAUGAACUUGCACAACAACGAGGCCGGCCGUCGGGCGGUGAUCAAAAAGACAAGGAUAACGUGCAAGUGCCACGGCGUCUCCGGGUCCUGCAGCCUGAUCACCUGCUGGCAGCAGCUCUCAUCCAUUCGGGAGAUCGGCGACUACUUGCGCGAGAAGUACGAGGGUGCCACCAAGGUGAAGAUCAACAAGCGCGGACGUCUCCAGGUGAAGGACUUGCCGUUCAAGGUGCCGACCGCCCACGAUCUGAUCUACAUCGAUGAGAGCCCGGACUGGUGCCGCACCAGCUACAUGCUGCACUGGCCAGGAACACACGGACGCGUCUGUCGGAAGAACUCCUCGGGCCUGGACAGCUGUGCCAUACUCUGCUGCGGACGGGGCUAUAAUACGAAAAACAUUAUCGUUAAGGAGCGCUGCAAUUGCAAGUUUCACUGGUGUUGCCAGGUUAAAUGUAAAGUUUGUACAAAAGUACUCGAGGAACACACAUGUAAAUAGAGCAUUUGAAAAGCGUUGAAAUUAAACAAAAUGUCUUAAUGUUUGUGACUAAGCCAUUAAAAUAUAAUUGUAUUUAAACGAAUAAUUAUUUAUUGAAAUUACUUUUAAAAAUAAUGAUUGUAUUUAAGAUUUUUUUACUAAUUUGUCGGCUUUUAAGCACAACAAAAAAAACAAAUAUAUAUAUAUAUAUAUAUUAAAGACGAACCGGCGAACGAAAGCCGCAUUAAAUUGCAAAACAUAUUGCUUCUUAAAAUGGUAAGAAAGAAAGGAUACUGCUAAACAGACUAGCUUUUAAAUGUAAUUAGUUUUAAGUACAAUUCUGGUAGGGUUUGCAUUCUUUAAAAACCGCAAACUGUCAUGACUUCACCACAAUUUUAAAGAACUGUUAAGCAUUUUCAUCAAGAUUAUGGAUUAUAUUAUUUACUGAAUGGAAUAAGUUAUUAAAGCGAUGGUUUCCCACAACUUCGAUUGGGAUAUUCCACUUCUCUAGCUUUAAUGGUUCCCGAGGUUCUUUUUUUUUUGAAAAUUUUUUUCCUACAAACGGAUAAACACGGAAUAUAUCAUUUGGAUCCGACAUAAAUGAAUAGUGUAUAUUUAGAUAAAACCGUUAAUUUAAGCUUGUAUUUGCGAUCUUAUUUUUGUCGUGAGUGGCUCUGCCAACUCAAGGUCAAAUCGAUUUUGAUUGGAAAUAAAAUCCACUACCAAACAAACUGUCCACUGGCACAAGUUCAUGAUUUGCAUUUAAGUUCAAAUCUGCCUCGAGUUGGCAGAACCACCUACUAAAACCGUUAAUAAUUCGUGUAUAGCUUUUUGACUUGAUAGUGAUCUAAAUAAAUUUAGUAAAGAACUUUUAAA